CUAGGUUCUCCCGGCUUCUGCCUCUCUUCUCACCGUUUCAACUUCAUCUCCAAAUCACACACAUACCCUUCAACGGUUCAAUCAAUCAAAUACACCCACUUUCUCACUCACUCUUUUUCUACUUCACAUUCACAUUCACAUUCACACUCACACUCACACCAAAUAUAUUCCUCAUCACAAUCUUACAAUAUAGAUUCAUACUGCUAUCUAUACUCAUCCUUACUUAACUACCACUACUAUCUCCUCCAGAAGGUGGGAAUGGCUUAUAUGUGUGCAGACAGUGGUAACCUAAUGGCAAUUGCUCAACAAGUCAUCAACCAAAAACAGCAACAAGAACAAGAACAACAACAACAAAACAACCUCUUAGCUACUACUUUAACUACCAACCCUCUCUCUCUCCAUCAUCCAUGGAACAACACUCCACUAAUAGUAACAUCAUCACUACCACCUUUCACCGACUUCACCGACCCAUUUCAUGUCGCCUCGGGUCCCGAUCCAUCUUUCCAUUUCCCUCCCCUCGACCCUCACUCCACCACCUUCAGAUUCUCCGAUUUCGAUUCCGACGACUGGAUGGACACCUUAAUGGCCGCCGCCGAUACUCAACACUCCGAUUUUCAACUCAACCCGUUUUCUUCUUGCCCGACCCGACUCUCCCCACCUCCGGAUCUUAACCGGGUCAUCUUCUCAGAUUCCCAAUCCCCAACAAUCCCACUUCAACCUCCCACUUUAACCAAAAACGACACAAACACCGAAACGACGUCGUCGUUUUCAUCCUCUCCAAACCCGAUUCUAAAAACCCUAACCGAAUGCGCCACUUUAAUCGAAACCGAACCGAAUCGCGCCAUCGAAACCCUAACCAAUCUCAAAAACUCAAUUUCACAAAACGGAACCCCAAUUCAACGAGUCUCUUUCUACUUCUCACAAGCUUUAACCAACAAAGUAACCGCUCAAGGAGAAUCAACUUCUUCAAUUUCAACAACAUGGGAAGAAUUAACACUCUCUUACAAAGCCCUAAACGACGCGUGUCCUUAUUCAAAAUUCGCACAUUUAACCGCAAACCAAGCGAUUCUCGAAGCAACUGAAGGAUUCACAAAUAUUCACAUCGUUGAUUUUGGAAUUGUUCAAGGGAUUCAAUGGGCUGCAUUAUUACAAGCAUUUGCAACUCGUUCUUCAGGUAAACCUAAUAGUGUAAGAAUUUCUGGAAUUCCUGCUAUGGCACUUGGAAUUUCACCCGUUUCUUCUCUUACUGCUACUGGUAAUCGUUUAUCUGAAUUUGCGAAGCUUUUAGGGUUGAAUUUUGAGUUUACACCGAUUCUUACACCUAUUCAGCUUCUUAAUGAAACUAGCUUUUGCAUUCAACCAAACGAAGCUUUAGCUGUUAAUUUCAUGCUUCAGUUGUAUAAUCUUUUGGAUGAAACUAUGGAUGCUGUCGAAACAGCGCUUCGCUUGGCGAAAUCGUUGAACCCUAAGAUUGUUACUCUUGGUGAGUAUGAAGCUAGCUUGACGUCUCGCGUUGGUUUUGUUAAGCGGUUUAAUACUGCUUUUAAUUAUUUUGCUGCUUUUUUUGAGUCUUUGGAGCCGAAUAUGGCGUUUGAUUCGCCGGAGAGGUUUCAGGUCGAAAGUCUUUUGCUUGGAAGGAGAAUUGAUGGUGUGAUUGGUGUGAGGGAGAGGAUGGAGGAUAAAGAACGAUGGAAAGUUUUGAUGGAAAGUUGUGGUUUUGAAUCUGUGAGUUUGAGCCAUUAUGCAACUAGUCAAGCUAAGAUAUUGUUGUGGAAUUAUAGUUAUGGUUCUUUGUAUUCUCUUGUUGAAUCUCAACCUGGGUUUUUGUCUUUGGCUUGGAAAGAUGUUCCUUUGUUGACUGUUUCUUCUUGGCGUUGAUUUGGUGUUUUUGACUCAACUGGGAAAAUGGGUUUCUUCCACCUGGUCUUUUUUCUCUGGUGUGGAACAACUAAUUGUCUAUAUAUAUAUGCCGUUGAUGAUGAUCAUGCUAGGAAGUUCUUCAAUUCAUCAUGUUUUGCAUGCAGAUUUGAUGUGUUUGUUAUCAGCGCUUAGCACUGCAUUACAAGAUUUUUGGGAUGUGUAAUUAAAUUAAUUAGCAUCUGGGUUGUAUUUUUAGCAGUUUGGUUGUAGUUCCACACAUUCUUCUUCUCUGUUUUGCUUUCAAUUUAUUUCCUUUCUUUUUUGGGUAUGGUAUUAGACGAAGUCUUGAGUAGAAAAACCAGUGAUUAAGGAUAUAUGGACUUGAAGAAAUUGGGAGGAAAAUGCUUUCUUUUCUGUUUUGCUACUUUGCUAGUCUUGUAACUCUGUAAAUUUGAUUUAGUUGUUUGGGGUUUAAAUUUGAGAAAAUAUCAAAAGGGUUUUUAUUACUCUA